UAUCUCAAGAUUCUUUCGCGGCCACCUGCGGCACUUCCUCGAGUCGCGGCUAUCCACGACAAUUCACUCAACUUUUGACUUUCAAAGUGGAGAUGUCCCUCCACGCACUGAAUCAGUCAAACAUCUCGAUUCGGAAGAAAACAAUAGCGCCCUUCCCGACUCGUACGUUCAAAGCAGAUGAAACAACCACCUGUAGUCAGUCGUGGCAGCGCCACACCUCGGUCUCUGAUUCAAAGAUCAACCCUAAUUUGGUUCUACAGUACCGUUCCCAAUCUGCACAUACCUUCGAAGCGGUAAAUUCCGCUUCUUUGUCUAUUGCUGCAUAA